UUUACCACCAUUUGUUCCAACAUCAUCACUGUCAUUUCAGCUAGCGACGCCUGCAGCAACAGUCAGCAACGGCUCGCCCCUCCCACACUCGUCACUGCACUCGCUGCAAGCAACCGUUGGCUUUUAUUCCCCGAUCUAAAUCUUCCCAACGCAGAGGCACAUGCAGCUUCUUAGUACGUCACCGGCGGGUGGACUAUUUUAAACACUCUUCCUACCCAAAAAGGUCCCCGGAGCUGCGUUGGGCAGCCUUCGCACGCAGGCAAAUACCUAUUAACUCUAACUCUUCUCCAUCCUGCACAAUCCACAUAAAUUACGCACUCGGCUCUGUGGCUCAGUGCAAGCCGCUACAAACGUCCCUCAUUCACAGCUCUGCUCAUUCCGUGCUUUACAUCGAGCUUCCUCACCCACGAGCUUCAUCUGCUGCCGCAAAAUCCCGACCCCUGCUCAACAACAUGAGCGGCGCACCCAUCAAAUUCGAGAUUCCCGACGAGUACCGAACGUUUCUGCCUUUCCCCCGCCUUCCGCCUGAAAUCCGCCAGCAGAUAUGGCGUGAGUCCGUUUCGACGCCGGGGAUGCAUUUUGUGAAGCUGGAGAGUCGGGGCCGACACUGGAGGUGGAUAUCGUUGAACAGACUGGCGCAGUUGAUCACACAGCAGCAGGACACCGAAAAGGACGACGACGAAGAAGACGACGACGAGAUAGCACACGAGGUCAAAAAUGAAGUAACUCCCAAGCCGCUGUGGGACACCCGUCUGGUACCCAUAUAUCCAAACCAAAAGUCCGACAUCUCCAGCUACCAUGGCCUCAACAAGCAGAUUGCAGCUCUGACGACAGUCUGCGGAGAGUCAAAGGCUGUAGUUGACAACUUGAUAGCCAAAGACGGCGUCCUAAAGCUGAGCAACGGUAAGCUGGUGGCUUUGGAGGCGUCGUCUGAUGUUAUCUACCUCGAAUAUUUCCCUCCUGAGCUCUUUGAAAGCGGGUGCGGCUACGACAUCGAUCCCAACUGCUCCAGCUUGGACAACAUAAAACGAGUAGCAGUGCGUUAUUGCCAUCAGUGGCAGGAGAAGCCGCUGCCGACAGUCUGCUCGCUGUGCGGACUCGUCCAUGAUACGACGGGCGGCAUCAUCUAUCCGAAGCACUUGUACCAUUUCCUAGCGAGACAUUUGCCCAACGUGGAAGAGUUUUAUUUUGUGGACUAUUUCCUUUUGCGCAAACCAGUACAGUCAAAUGCCGGUCCCGGCAAACUACCCACACGCAAGUAUCAAUGCGGCAACCGAACGUUUUACGAGGCAAAUGACGAGCAUUGGAAUGUGAAGCCGCAACUUGUCAAAAUGCAGACGUGGCUGCAGGACAGAUUCAUUCGUUAUGCCAAAGCCAGCCGAUUAAGCCGCCACGAAAACCCUGAAAAGGUGCGAUUCAGCAUUUUGGCCUGCGAGUGGGAUAUAGUCCCGCCGCUGUCACUCAAAGCGCAGCCCACGCCACCAGCUCAAAAGGGCCGUAACAAGCGCAUGCUUUACGAAGAUCAUGCGCUGCGUCGAAGUCGGCGGCGACUCCUGCGCCAGAAGUCACGCAAUGCACAGCUGAUAAACUCCAAUGCAUUCACGGCCAAUGUGCCGUUCAUAUUCGGUAAUCCAAACAACUCGUUUGACUUUACCUUUACAGUUGACAGGAGGCAGACGUAAAUGGAAUCAUAAUUUGGAGAUGAAGCUUUCUUUUGUCGGAUUGGAUGAUUAUGCCAUGGAUUGGGCUUUAGAGGACAAGGCGUCAGACGGAAUGCGGGCUUUCUUCUUCUGCAUGUGUGGCAAUGGUAAACGAAAAAGAGAAAUAACGAAAAAGGCAUGCGAGCUGUACGAUAAAAUGAUUGAGUUAAACAAAUACCCUAAAGAACUGGAUGACUAUUAUUGUUACCUAACGAGUUGAAUUACAAGUUUUU